AGUCGAGCAGCUGAUCCGGCAUCUGUUCGGCGCCGAUCAGCUAACCAUCAUCGUCACAGUGACAGCGAUUGUUAUAGGACUUCUAAUAGAGCUACGAAACUGCCUUGCUUCCAUGACCACAUCGGGCGAUCCGUCAGCGACUGGACCUGACAGACCGUGCGGGAUCACCGCACUGCUGCCGAGCGGUAUGUCUUGCCGGAGCCGUGCCGAAGCCUUCGCCCGAAGCUUACAGUCCCGUUUGCGGAACCUUGGCUCCCAGGGCAGCACCGGUGAUGACGAUGAUGACGAAGGUCGACUUACGGCGGAGGAGCAACAGCAGCAGCACACGGAAAACACCUGGCUAUCGGCGGGCGCGAACGACCAGACGGGCGUAACGAGUCUGCAGCCACUGCGCAUGAUUGUUGCCAACGAGGCCGACUCCUGCUUUGACUUUGGGCUGGAAGCGGAAAGCCCAAGUUCCCCCGUGGAGGAGUGCGAGUACACACGGUUGAUCGAAACGGCGACAGCCACCCCGACCAGUUUGCCCUCCAUCGCGGCAGUCAGCGAGUCGGCCGUAGUCCAAGCACCCGAAUCGGGUUACGUCUGCUCGUCGCCCUGCUCCACACCACAGGGUUCGGCCGCGAGCAGUCACAGCAGUUCGUCCGACUGUCAGUUCUACGAUCCGGACAGCUCCGACCCAGAGCAGCGAUCGGUUAGUGGGUGUGAGUACUACGAUUGCACAAUCCCGGUGGCCGGUAGUUUGCGAUCGGUGGGAACCGGACCGUACAGCUGCGCACCGCCAACGGGCGACCCUGUCCUGCAAUCCGCUGUUAAUCCUACCGGUGAACCGGCGCAGCAUGAUGACAAUAUCGCACACAAGCCCACAGCAACUACCUCAGCGAAUAAUCCCUUUACCGGCGUAAGUCUAUCUAGUCAGGCGGCGAACGGACACAUCCCGGGCUACACCACGGCCGGUGCGCUCGACAGUGACAGCUGUUCCGAGUCACUACCACCGUCACAGUCUACGGAAUCGAACAUUUCCACCUUCACGGGGAUGAGCUCGAAUUCGAACAGCACCCUGCAGGACGUCACCAUGGAACCGCUGGACGAUCAGCCGGGUGCAGAUAUCCCGGACGGUGUCCACUGCUCGGCGCCCCAUCGGAUGGGCAAUGGGCACGCGAUCAUGCCCCGCGGUACAGUCAUCAACGCCGACACGGAGCUUGGCCUGAUGGGGCGUGGGCUGAAGUACGAAGAAGACUCCGACGUGCACGGUGAGGAUGGUGCUGGCGGUGCCCAGUGCACCACCCAAGGUGCGGCAAUCCAGAUAGCGGAGGUUGAGAAAAUCCUCCAUGAUUGUACAAUGACCGAUCGGCAGGGGGAAACUGUACAGAACAAUCACGAACACAGCGCUUACAACGAUGCGGAUGACGACGAGGACCGAAAGCAGGGCCGCCGGGCGACGAUGUCGUCGGGCGACGAGGAUGAGGAGGAAACGAAACCGCAGCGUAUAAGGCGAUGCUCGUCGCUGAAAACUGGCAAAACCCCACCCGGCACACCGGGACGGAAGAAGAUCGUCCGGUUUGCCGAUGUGCUCGGGCUGGAUCUGACCGACGUCCGGACGUUUAUGGACGAGGUGCCCAAGGUGCCGCAGUCGGCGUUCGAGGACCUCACGAUCGCACCGGCGGUCGAGCAACCGAUGCCGGAGAUCAUCAGCCUCGGACCGAAGGUGGACCGUGUGCUGGUGCCACUGUUCCAGCAACCGGGCGCACUGCCCUGCUUCCUCGACCGGGUGCGCGAAAAGCAGGUCAACCUGGAAAAUGCGGCCGUUACCGAUCCGAUCACGCUCACCAUCACCGGCACGGUGCGUGUGCGCAACCUCGACUUCCACAAGUCGGUGUACGUGCGGUAUACGCUCGAUAAUUGGCGCAGCUACGCCGACCUGCAGGCCGUCUAUGCGGAGAACUCGUGCGAUGGGUUUUCGGACAAGUUUAGCUUCACGCUGCACGGCAACUCGGUGCAGGUGGGGCAGCGUAUCGAGAUGGCGAUACGGUUUCACUGCAGGGGGGAACAGUUCUGGGACAGCAACUACGACACCAACUACGUCUUCCAGUGUUUGCCGAUUACCCAACCGACGCCGAUGAUCGCGGCCCGCCCCCUGACGGAACCGUCCACCAUGUUGACCUCCUCCGAACCGGCAUGGUGCAGCAAUUUCUACUAA